AUGACCGCGGCGUCGUCGAGCUCCGGUGCCGCGCGCGGGAUCCGCAUCCGUGACCUGGAGGAGGAGGAGAGGAAGGCGACGCUGUGGAGUUCCCUGGGCGUCGACGGGGUCGAGCGCGAGGAGGCGGCGGCGGCGGCGAUGGCGCGGGCGAUGGUGCGCGAGUGCGACGUGUACGUCGGGCACGGCGGCGACGCGCGGCGGAUGGCGGCGUGGCUGCGCGCCGAGCUUGAGCUCCUGGGCGUGCCCUGCGUCGCGUCGGACCGGCGCCUGUGCGUGGACGCGCCGGCGCACGCGGCGGCCCGUGCCGCCAUGGACGCGGCCGCGGCGGGGGUGGUGCUCGUCACGCCGGCGACGCUGGCCAACCCCUACGCCGUCGAGGAGAUCCGCACCUUCCUGGCGCGCGGCGCGCUCGUGCCGGUCUUCGUCGGGGUCAGGCGGGGCGACUUCGCCACCGCCGACGACGUCGUGGGGCGGCGCGGCGACCUGUGGGAGAAAUACGGGGGCCGUCUCUGGAUGGCCUACGACGGCGCGGAGGAGCAGUGGAGGGAGGCCGUGGAGGGCCUCGCCCGCUCCGAGUCGGCGGUGGAGGUGCGCGUCGGCGACCUCCGUGACCGCAUCCUCGACGUGCUCGAGAUCGUCGGCGCGCGGCUCGGGCGGCGCGCGGUGGCCGCGGCCAUCAGGGCGUGGCGCGCCGAGGCGGAGCUGGAGAUCCCGUUCCCCUGGAACGCGGGCUUCGUCGGCCGGGAGAAGGAGCUCCUCGAACUGGAAUCCAUGCUGCGCGGCGGCGCUAGUGCUCAUAACAAGGCCGCCGGGAAGAGGCCGAUGUUCCUGGACGGCGCCGUCAGCGGCGAGGGCCCCUUCCUGGACGGCGUGGUCUGCAUCUCCGGCACGUCCGGCGCCGGGAAGACGGAGCUGGCGCUCGAGUUCGCGCACCGGCACUCGCACGAGUACAAGAAGGUGCUCUGGGUGCACGGCGAGGCGAGGUACCUCCGCCAGAGCUACCUCAAGCUCGCCGACCACCUCGGCAUCGCAGUCGGCGACAGCCUCUCGUCGUCCAAAGGCCGCUCCGCUAGACCUCUCCACGGCAUCGAGGGCGACGCCAUCGCCAAGAUCAACAAGGAGCUCACCCGCGACAUCCCGUACCUGGUCAUCAUCGACAACCUCGAGAGCGACAAGGACUGGUGGGACGGCCGCGCCGUCGGGGAGCUUCUGCCCCGCGGAUGCCGGCGCACCCGCGUCGUCGUCACGACGCGGCUCGCGGGCGGCGUGCGUGGGGUCAGGACGCUCGCGCUGGGAGACCUCGACGACGCGAACGCCAUGCGGCUGAUGAAGGGCGCGCGCACCACGCUCGGCGCCGACGACACGACGAUCCUUAGGGUCAUCCAGGAGGCGAUAGCCAGCGCGCCAGUAGGGCUCGCCCUCGUCGGCGCGAUGCUCUCCGAGGUCCCCGUCGGCCCGGCCGAGCUCCGGCGGGCGAUGCGCCGCGCGCCGCACCGGGCGGCGACGUGGGAGGGGGACAGGGACGGCGCCACGCUCCGCGACAACCCGGGCCUGGUGAGGCUAAUGGACGCGUGCCUCGCGCUGCUGGAACGGGAGGCGGCGGGGCUCGGCACGGUGGCGCUCCGGCUGCUCGAGGCCGCCAGCUACUUCGCGCCGGCGCCGGUCGCCGCGGCGAUGCUCGUGGACGCCGCCCGCGCCGCCGCGGACGUCGAGACGCCAUGGGAGCGGUUCAAGCGCACGAUGAAGCUAUCCUGCACCUCGCCACGCACGCCAUCGUUCGCCGGUGGCGCCGAGCAGGAGGCGCUGGCGACGUUGCUGCGCCUAGGGGUCGCCCGGCGGGGCACGCGUGAGGGGUGCGUCUCCGUGCACGGCGUGUUCCGCCUCUUCGGCCGCAAGGUCGGCACCGGCGGUCGCGCCGCCCGCGCCGUCGUGGACGCCGUCGCCGCCGCGCAGAACGCCCAGGACCACACUUGGGCGGCGUGCCUGUCGCUGUUCAGGUUCGAGUCCCCGGCCGCGGUCGUCGAGCUGCCGCCGCCGGAGCUCGCGCGGUUCGUCACGGUCUCCGUGCUCCCGCUCGCCGCGCGCUGCGUGGCCGGGUACUCGGCGUACGGCGCCGCGCUCGAGCUGCUCCGGGAGGCCACCGACGGCGUCCUCGAGGCCGAGGAGAGGUACAUCGCCCCGUCGUCUCGCCGGAGCAACGGCAACACGUACAUGGAGCUGGACCCGAAGGUGUACCGGGAGCUCGCGCGGGUGAGGGCGGAGCUCCUGGUGAUGAGAGCUAGGGUGAUGAUGAGGGCCGGUGAGCGCGACAUCGCCGAAGACCACUGCGUGUCGGCGAUCAGCAUCCUUGAGGUGGUCAGGGGCGACUGGCACCCGGACACGCUGGCGGUCCGAGCGUUUUUAGAGCAGGACGUGGUGGUUCAGACCACGGACGAGUCUGAACCCGCCGCGGUCUAG